UUUGUCAAAUCGACAUUCGAUGUUGUGGCAUUCAAUAUGUUUCGAAAUAUCUCAUAGUUUAACCAUUAACGCUUUUUAGGAGCUAGUAUUAUAUUUUAUACAAAUAUAAGUGAUGUUUUCAAAAAGAUGACGGAGACAGAAACAGUUGACAUUGAGAAGGAGCUAGAUGAACUUCUUACAGAAAUCCAGCCAAAUUUACAAGAUGUUAUCAAAAGAAGUUUCACAAACGUUGCUCUACAACAGACUAGAAAUGGGGAACAAAUUAAGCCUGAUAUAUUGGAAGAUACUUCAUACUUUGCUAAAAAUACUCAGGUAAACCUGACAAGGUUGGCAUUAGUUAGACCUCCAACAUUCCACAUGCAGAAUGUAUCUCUGGACCUUAAAUCCAUGGAACUCCAGUUGAAGUGUUCACUAGGUGAAGUUAAUAUUACAGGGUUGUACAGUGCAUAUAAUGAAAACCUAUACAACCUCAUACCUGUUAUGGCUGAAGGACAUUUACUUAUAACAUUAUCAAACAUGACUGCAGAUGUGAAUGUUGGACUUAUUCUUGAAGAUGACGCAUUCUCCUUUAUCAACCCUGGCAUUGAUUUUCUUCAUGAUGAAGUGUUGCUGAAGCUGUCAUGGAGAUCACCACAAAGAGAUGGAGGUUACGAGUAUACAACCACGGAACAGUUAGCUAAACAUAUUGAUGACCUUCCUCUAACGGCUGCAUUGUCUCUUCCUCUGUUUGCGCUACUCCGUCAGAAGCUAGAGCGACAUUUGAAUCAAGUACUCCGACAAGCGACCAGCGUGUCUGAUCUCAUGACUUGCAACCCCAGUAUGAUGGAGGCUUACAGUUCAAUGGUUGAUCAAUUGGCGCUGAAUGGUAACAGAGUGGUGGACCUUGUUUUGAUAAAUAUGAGACGAACGCUCCUACAGACUUGCGCCGAAGUUCUCGAACUACCCUCGCUACACGCAACUUUCAUGCACAAGAUAGGUUCAGCGUCUUUUAUCGGCAAGUUUGAGUCUGACACGGGCUGGAUGAAGAACCUGGCGACCAUCAACAGAAUUAAUGACGUCAGCAUCACAAGACCAGACCAGCUCAAGACGAGCUUCCAUGUCACACUGAGGAUUAAAGAUUUGCAGAUCGGCUACGACGAGUACCGUGUGAGGGGCGCGGGGGGGAAUGUCGGGGUGGGGGGAAGGGUUGCGGCCGCGCUCCCAAACAACAGGGUACACCUCGCGAUCACAGUAGGACUCACGAGGUGGGAACCCUACGCUCAGCUCGACGACCUCCGGGUACACUGUAUGGACGGUAUGGACCUCCACAUCAGCGGUCUGGGUCCUCUGAGUGUACUCGCCGGUUCCGUCCGUUCGUGGUUGCGAGGCGCGAUCAGUUCCCACGCGGCACCGGCCCUAGCGGCACAACUGCAGCACGAGCUACGAGCGGCACUCGCUGAACUGCGCCUGUGGGAGGUGCUGCACGCUAAACACUAGCCGUUUACAAUGCAUCAGCUAUGACGUUACCGCUGUGACGUCACAAAAUACGAUAGAUUUCUGAUAUCAUAGAAUAACAUCAUAUAGGAAGUACUUCAGCGCUAAACAAUAAGUUCAUUGACAAGGUAUUUAGUGGUGACGUCAUACGUGACAGUGCGACCUUCAAAAACAAAAUAAUGAUGUUAAAAGAGAAACGCUAGCAAAAUUUACAACUACCCAACAUAAAAGUGUAAAGCACCAUCUUCAUAUCAAAUGGUAACUAAAGAAGGGCCCGAGUGUGACGUCACAACCACACUGGAACAUAGAGCAUACAAACAUUUAUGACGUCAAAAUAGAAACGCGUUUGUUCACCAAUAAUUUUCAAUGAGACUAAAGCGAAUAUUUUAAAUCUUUUUUUAUUGAUUCAUCUUACCAAAUUUUAACAAUCAUCAACAAUUACUGGCUGUUUAAAGACUGAUAAAACAUCACUAUAUAAGUUAUUUAUCUUCUUUAUAUUCCCUUUUUUUAUAAUUAAAAGCAAAGGACUUCAAUCGCAAGGAUCACAAUAUAUAUUUUGUUAUUGGAAUACAUUUUAUUGUAAUCGCUAUUCAAAUGCUAUUAUUUGAUUUCUUUUUUUUUCUAAUCUGUUUUAGACAAAAAAAAAAGUAUUUAUGUGAGACAGUUGUCCUAAAUUAAUUACGCCAAUUCAACGGAUUUAGUUAUAAAGCACGUAUGCUAAACUUUAAAUUGAUUCUGUUACAAAGAAUAACAACAUUAAUAUUUUAUUAUUUUCAUACGUUAUAUACAAUUUUACUCCUUAAUCUAUUAGCAAUAUUUGUUUUUUUUGUCAUUUCUUUGAUUGAAAUUGAUAUUACUCGAUAACCGUAGCACCUAGCUUGUGUUUUAUGAUGUUAAUCUGCAUUUGCCUGUUAUCUAAUGUAAGUGAAAAUAUUUGUUACCCUAGUAGUAAAUAAAAUAAAUUAAUUGGUAUUAAUGACAGCAAUAAUGUUUUAACUUUUAACGUCAUCAGAGCAAAAUGUAAAUCGGUUGUGUCUUGAGACUAUUUUGUAUUUGUUUUACUUUAUUAUAUAAUUUGUUCAAUAAAAAUCAUGGUUGCUGUUAGAA